AUGUCUACACAGGCCAUCACCACCACCCCUCCCACCCUCCCCAGCCCCACCAACGCCUCUGACGGUGCUUUCCGCAUCCUCGAAGAGGUCGAACCCACCAUCUUCCAGCACCUCGCCGCUCUCGCGCCCACCACCGCCAUGCUCAUCUGCAAGGCUUACCACAACUCUACCAAAAACGAGGUGUACAGAGAGUUCAAGAUGGGUACUGCCAUGCUCGAGGGCUUCCACAAGGCGAACCCCGGACUUGACGAUAGCGCUCCCCGCCGCCUCGCCCUGGCUCUCCAAAACACCCGCGUCAUCCAUGUUGACGACAAGGACGGGGCGGAGGCGUAUGAGAAUCUGCUCAGGGUGGGCAUGACCUUCCGAGAGAGUUCUCCUCAGUUAGCCUUUUUGCCGAUGUUGAAGAAGGUGGAGGUUGCGAGUGAAGUGACGGCUUCAAAGGCCUUCAACACCAAGUCCUUCGAUUUCCCGCGCGUCCAGCAGCCUGUCUCUGUCCCCACCUCCCACGACAAUGCUUGCGACAUCUCUUCUGGCGGUGACGCUCUCGAGUACGUUGCCCACCUGCGCUGCGACAAGCAAGGCCAUGUCUGGUCUCCCACCCUACUCCCCACCAACUCCCAGCCCUCGCACGUCACCGAAAUCUACCACCUCACCGCGAACGACGCAAAGAGCGGCAGUCUCCCCAUCUUCCGCUACGGCGAUGACACUUCUUGCCCAUUUCUCUCUCGACAACUCAUCCUCUCCAUAGAGCCUCCCAAAGAUGGCGAGACAUGCAGCCCCGUGCUUCCUGCAAUCAGGAACUGGCUUUGGAGGACUAUGGUCACUUCCCAGGAGGACGCUCGGGCUUCCGAGAGGUUGUUGGCUUUGAGGAGGAAGCAGAAGGCGCAGCAGCCGAUGGUUACCGUCCACGUCCCAUGCUUUUCCUCUAUGGAGAAGUCAUUCUACGAGGGAUGUGACAAGGUGCAGGUGAAGCAGCUUGAUGCGAGCACUUGUGAGGCGUACGGCCUGUCGGCAGAGUAUGCCUGGUAG